GAUGAUUUAAAAUUUGAUGGCAUGGCGCUGGUGAGUGGCGGACGCUGGGUAAAAGGCUGUCGGAGCGCCCGCCGAGCACCAUUGCCUCUCCAUCAGCCAUGCAGACCAGUCGAGUGCCCGCCCCGUGCUGUAAAAGCGGCAGGAUGAAGACGGGGUCGUGGUGCACAACCUCCCUGGUCGUGGGUCUCAUCUACCUGUACAUCUUGGCUGUCGAGGAAGUGAUGGGCCAGCAACACACCGACUUCAACAGCAGACCUUUAGGCUUCGAGUCACCUGACCGGUUUUACCCUGGCGCCGCUCAGGUCCGUAUAAUGCAAUCUCAGGGUUCCGUGUUCAACGUUCCUUUGGAUUCGUUCAGCUCGCCUUCGGAGCCUACGCCCAGCGUUUCGAGCGCAAAUUCCGACUACGGAGUCGAGUUCAAGUACCACGACUACAACGAACUGACCCAGUUCCUGCGGCUGACCAGCUCACGUUUCCCCAGCCUCACUGCCCUCUACUCGAUAGGAAAAUCUGUCCAGGGUCGCGACUUGUGGGUCAUGGUGGUGUCCGCCUCCCCGUACGAGCACAUGAUUGGCAAGCCGGACGUCAAGUACGUGGCCAACAUGCACGGCAACGAGGCCGUCGGCCGCGAAAUGAUGCUGCACUUGAUCCACUACUUGGUGACCAGCUACGAGACUGACCAGUACAUUAGGUGGCUUUUGGACAACACAAGGAUCCACAUCCUGCCCUCGAUGAACCCCGACGGCUUCGAGGUGGCCCGCGAAGGCACCUGCGACGGAGGACAAGGCCGGUACAACGCUCUAGGCUUCGAUUUGAACCGCAACUUCCCCGACUACUUCAAGCAGAACAACAAGAACCCCCAGCCCGAGACGGACGCCGUCAAGGAGUGGGUGUCCAAAAUCCAGUUCACCCUGUCGGGCAGUCUGCACGGCGGCGCCCUCGUUGCCAGCUACCCCUUCGACAACACCCCUACCACAAGACUUUGCAAAACCUCAGCUUCGUGUUCAGGCUUCAACAGCUACAACUCGCCACCCUCCGUCACUCCCGACGACGAUGUGUUCAAACACUUGGCCCUCACUUACUCCUCGAACCACGAGGAAAUGCACCGAGGAGAGCCCUGCAAGGCCGGCACCCCGUCCUUCAACCAGGGUAUCACCAACGGAGCUUCCUGGUACCCACUCACAGGCGGAAUGCAGGACUUCAAUUACGUUUGGAACGGAUGUAUGGAGGUCACGAUCGAGAUGUCGUGCUGCAAGUAUCCUGCCAGGUCACAGCUGCCCAAAUUCUGGGAACAAAACCGACUGCCCCUUGUGAAAUAUCUGGCCGAAGCGCACCGCGGAGUGCAAGGCUUCGUGCAGGACGAGAACGGCAACCCUAUUGAAAAGGCGUCGCUCAAGGUCAAGAGCCGCGAGGUCGGAUUCCACACAACCAAAUACGGAGAGUUCUGGCGAGUGCUGCUGCCUGGCCAGUACAUUCUCUCGGUGUUCGCGGAAGGCUACUACCCUCGCGAGGUGGAGUUCGCCGUGGUGGAGCAGCACCCGACGCUGCUGAACGUGACCCUGGUGGCUGGCGCGGGCAAGAGCAACAACGUCGAGCCCUACACUUUCUUCAAUCCGGGCUCGUUCGCGCCCGUCACUUUCUCGCCCAGGCAGCCCGACAUCCCCUCGUCGGCCGCCGGCAGGCCCCCGCGGCUCGCCGUGGCGCUCGCCACCGGCUGCUUGCUUGCCUGCUUCUUCCGAGUGCAAUAACGACUUUUUUCUUGCCGUGCCGGACGAUAUUCUUGUGUUUCUAUAUGACUAGUCAUGAUGAGGGAUAUUUUUUAUUAUCCCUCGCAUUCUCUCUCCGCCGCUGUUUGCAGACUUUUGACAGUGCAUGUGAUCUUUCUGGGUUCAUUUUAAGCUGAAUCUCAUUCAAAUAUUUUCCUAAUUUAUUUUAAACUAUUGUGGCAAGGGCCCGAGGAAGAUGUUGGCACAGCACAAUUGCACCUUUUCUCAGGUCCAAUCAGGGUGACCAGGAAAAACACAACAGCUUGUUCUAAAGAAGAAUCGCAUAGUGUUCGAAGCCGCUAACAGAUGGCGCCACCGUAUACUUUCACAAUAAAUUUAAUUUUAAUUAACUUCCGCUGUGAUUUCAGACUCACUCUUGCCACUGUGCAUUCUCCAAUUAAAAUGCUUUCUUUUGACAUGCUGAAACCCAAAAUCAGUCCAGCCAUUCGCUGUAGAAACGUUGGAAAAGAUUUUGAAUUUCAAAAAAUAGUUUUUCCCGACUCUACGGCGAUUGGCUUAACUGAUUUUGGUUUUCAGCACGUCAAAAGAAAACAUUUUACGUGAAGAACUCCCACAGUGGCAGGAUGGACUGUGAAAUCACAGCGGAAAUUCCUUAAAAUUAAAUUUAUUACUAAAGAACACGGUGGCGUCAUCUGUUGGCGGCUUUGAACACUAAGGGCUAACACAACUGGUGACUGUUUUUUUUUCUUUCGAGGAUAUUUUUUCCCUGGCUUUGAAUUACGAAUAAAAUAUCCUGAGCCACAUUAGAGGUGCAAUGGCGCUGUCACUACAUUUUCCCAGAGUCACGGUGUGGAGUGAUUUCACAAUUUCAUUUGAUUUAAGUAUAUAAAGGCACAAAGUCAAACAAAAAAGCACAAUACUAGUCAUUCAAGUGCAAAACUGCCGGGUCUGUACCAAAAUCUUUUCUUCACAGCUGCACUUUCUUGUUUGAGGUGUACAAUCCAUAAGUCGUGUUCUGAAUUCGAGUGAAUGUUGUUACAAAAUAAUGUACAUAACUCUCUGAACGCCUAUUGAUCUCUCUGUUGCUUAAAAAACGAGAUAAAAUAUAAUGUAAUAAAAAUACAGGUUCCUCCUUACGCGGGAACGCCCUUCUGGCCACAACAUAGAGCAUUAGAUGACGAAAAAGAGGUACUAAUAUAGUGGCAUAAAUUAAACAUAUAAAAACAUAAUUGUUAAAAACCAAUUUCAGAUAAAUUCUAGCGAUUAAACAUUUUUUGGAGUUAAAUGAAAUUAAGUGCCUUUGAGAACUGUAACACUACACCAAAUAUUACUGUUGAACAUGUACUGAUAAGAAUUAUUUUGUAAAAAACAAACAAACAAUGUCUUUUAGUCCCGCCGCUAUAGAUAAAUUAUAAUCCUAAUAAUAAAAUUGAAACAACGUGCUAGACAAUUAA